UUUCUUGUCGCCCAAGUGGGUUUUUGGGCAAUCAGGACGAUAGCGAUCAAGGUUUACCCAGAUCCCCUAAGACUCCAAAUUGGCAGUCUAAGGCACCAUCUAGACCAAGGUGAAACAGAGUUGGACGAUGGAAUCUUUGGCGGCCUGCGAGUGCAUUCAUCAGACCACGUACACUACAGCCAUGCUUGGCUGAAUCGCGACAUCGUCAUCUUCCCAAUCUCGCUGUCUCCCUGA